CACUGCUUACAAUCUAAGUUUGCUGAGUGUGAACAUUCAUUUUGAAGCAGUAGUUUGACAAGAACAAGUAGAACAUGACAAGUAUGACAACCACGUCCGCUGAUGAGGAAUGGAGAUGCAGGGAAAUUAAAACUCUGGGAAAGGCAUAUAAGCAAACCUUGUGUUAAGAUAAUUUUGUCAUCAUCUAAAAGUGGUUUGAUUUUUGGGGUUUGUGUAACAGAGUUUCAGUGUUCAAAACUCUUAGUGAAAAAUGCUAUGCACCACGUUUUGCAUUUAACAUUUCAUAAAGAUUUUGAAAAUGUCUUUGGAACGUAAUCAUUGUUGCAUUUUAAAAUAAAAAUGUUUACAAUCAAAUGAUGCUGUCAGACAAGAAGUAACAAUUAGUAAGCAUCAAAACGGCCUAUGCAAUGGUACGUAUGCAAUUUCUAUCACAUUUAGAUUAUACAAACGACAGAGAAAAGAUCUGUAAUUUAAUGAGUAUUUGAAAUGAUGUAGAAUAAAUUAUUCUUUGUGAUAUUCUGUAUUUUCUAUUAUUAAAUCCUGUUCUUUUACUAAAUAAUAUAGUUCAGCAGAGAUAAUCUGACUUUCCUGUUAUAAAUCCGACACAUCGCGCAGGAACAAAUGCUGCAAUCAUUUACAUUUUCUGUUCCACAUAGUUUGUGUUUUUGCUCAACACGCCAAACAUUUGCAGCAAAGCAAAUUCCUGAAUCUGGCCUGCUCCAUGCUGUCAGACACUGCCUGCCCUGCAGGUUUUCAUAAAGCCCUUUAGUGCAGACAGUGGUCACCAAUUAGGUUGCAAUGCUACUCCUCCGGGUAAUGCGGUUAAAGUAGCAAAACAUGUUCAGUAAUAAUCUGGGUUGUUAGGCUGUGAGUACGUUUAGUAGCCUAUUGUAGAUAAGGAUCAUUUUAAAAUACCGUACUUGUACUUUACUUGAGUAUUUCCAUUUUUAUGCUACUACUUCACUUCAUUUCAGAGGUAAAUAUUAAACUUUUUACUCCACUACCAUGUUGUGACAGCCAUAAUUAGGCUACUUGUUACGUCAGAGAUUCAAAACGUUCCUACAGAGAAAUAUGAUGCGUUAUUGUAGGCUAUAUAACGUUGUUAAAAUCAGGGUUGACAUCGAUCACAUAGAUCGUGAUGCAGUACCGUUACUUUUACCUUGAGCAUUUCAAAAAAAUAAAUGCUGAUUAUACUCCUACUUUUACUAAAGUACGAUCUUGAACAUAGGCUUUCUGCUUGUAGCAGCAGAGGUUAAUUGUGGGUUGCCAUUUUUCGGUUGCAUAAAGUCUCCUACGAAUUUUUGACUCAAACACUGUACUGUCCCUUUAACACGAGCACGUGGUAUCUGCAAACAUCCGGUUUCCAGAAAAUGGAAAUACGAUUGCAACAAUGUUUUGACACACAGCUUUGACGCACAGAUUCUUGCUACACUGUAAUUACGUUUUCUCUCUGACAUUGUUUCCAUGUUGUCGAAAUACGAAGGGAUGUCGUGCUGGUAGUCGACCCCUAAAACUGCUGUUUUCUAAAUGGUAAAGCCGUUUGUUUCUCGACAGAUGGAGGCAGGCAGCCUCGUCUCAUGCCGAGAGGACAUCUCUUCGCUGUUUCCAGAGCAAACGCCGGGUGCCAAAUACAAAGAUUUAAGCGGUCAGUUUUCCACCGUCAGACAAGUGCGCGGAGAUGGAAACUGCUUCUACAGAGCCCUCUGCUUCGCACACUUGGAGUCAGUGCUGCACAAUGCCAGGGCUUUGCAGAGGUUUAAGGAGAAAAUUGUUCAAACCGAUGAAGACUUGUCUUCUGCGGGAUUUGAUGAGAGGUCCUUCAAGCACCACCUGAACACAGUUGUUAACGUAGUGGAGCAGUGCCAGGCUGAUGAGCAGGAAGACACGCUGCUCAGGCUCUUCAAUGAGCAGAUGACGUCCGACAGCGUGGUGCAGUACCUCCGGCUGCUCACUUCAGCGCACCUGCAAAACCAGGCGGAGUUCUUCUGCAACUUUGUGGAGGCCCCAAAUCUACUAGUCUACUGUCACCAAGAGGUGGAGACCAUGGCGAUGGAGUGUGAUCACGUGGACAUCUUAGCUCUGUCACAGGCCCUGGAUAUUGGCAUCCACAUCGUCUCUAUGGAGGGCGAUGAACAGCAGUUGGCUCACCACGUCAUUCCAGAAGGUGCCGAACCCUCCCUGCACCUCCUCUACCAAACGUCACACUAUAACAUUCUUUACCCGCGACCUCAACACUGACCAGAGACCCACGAGGACUCGGCUCAACUCAGGAAUAUUGACUUUGGUGGAAUAAAAAUCCUUCCUGGGCUUUAAGACACUUAUGAAAACAGAUUUUUAUAAAGUCUUGCAGUGUACAGCGAUUCAACAACAUUUGGAAAUACAUUUUGUUUUGCACAUUGUGCACUAAGUAUUUAAACGAAUUAACAUUUACAUAAAUCAACAAUUACAUAAACCGCGUCAAAUAUGGCCUCUCUAAACACACACAUUCCUUUCACAUUUCACUGCUGCUCUUUCUUCUGCUGUUGUGCAACACCUUUCUUUAACUUCUGUUGUUUCUUCUCCUGUAAUGAAACCCUGGUGAGGGCAUUCCCCCUCCCGGGUACAGGCAUGUGAGGAACGGACAGCUUUCCCAUUUGAGUGGGGUACUUGGUCCUAAUCCCAUUGUUGAAUACCGGCUGGGAGAUCAGAUGCUUCAGAUGCUUCUUCAUCCCCUUUACCGCCCUCUGCUGCUCUCUGUCAUCAUCUUCAUCCUUUCCCCUGCCUGUGGACAUAAAUGGUAUAUUCAGUUGUCUGUAUUUUAACAUUUUUAAAUAAAGGGAACCUGGUGUGCGAACAUGUUGUGUUAUGUUGGUCUCACCAAUUAAAAGAUCAUCAUCCAGGUCCACCUCCAUGGCCUCUGCUGCCUGUCUGAACCAGGAGUUGUGCUGCUUCUCCUUGCUGUUGUGGAACUCAAUCUUCUCGAUCUGUCUGGCCAAGUUCACCCGCU